AUUAACUAUAGUAGUCGCGUGUCAGUGAGUGUAGUUGUAGUCGCAGACAAGAAGAUAGUCAGCGCAUCAGCCUUUCUAAGCGAAAAACACUCAUGUUUGGACAUGUAUUAUGCUAUUCAAAAUAUAAACUGCGGAAAAAGAAAAUACUUCAAUACUGCUCAGUAUUUUAAGUACAAAAUUGUACAGAUCCUCUGGUAAUGUGCUACAGUACGACUUAUCUUCGACGUAAACAUGGCGGAUAUGGAAUCGUUAGCUAUGCAAGAAUCUGUUUCAUACAAGGGAAAUUUAAAGAAAAAAAUCGGAAAGAAUAGCUGGAAAGGUUUCUAUGUUCUCUUGGAAGGAAAUAAACUGAUAUUUUCCAAUCCAAAUGAUGGUAGAUGGGCAGGAAACAUUGAGCUACACGAAGGAUCAACAGUCAAUCUUCACGUUAAAGGAUCUCGAAUAGGACAAGAAAUCCAAGACCCAACAAUAAACACAGAGAUCGCUGAACUUAACAAACGAAAACACAGAGGAGAAAAUCUCAAAUUUAGCCUCCAAACAAAGCGAGGAGUUCACUUAUUGAAGGCAGAUUCUGAGUCACUUUGCUUGGAGUGGAUUCGUGAGCUUCGAAAAGCUGUUUUGAUCAUUCGCGAAGAGAAUUACUCUAAACUUGUGUCAAAACAUUUUCCAGGGAAACCUCGUCGAUCUGCUUUAGAUCAUGGGAAGAAUAAUAAAACUCGUAAAGAUUUGUGUGUAUAUCAAGCAGUUGAAGCCGAGGAUAGCGAAAGCGAAGAAAAAAUAAAUCCUGGAAGGAGAUCUCGAAGUAUGUCGUCUCACGAACCGAGAUAUUCGAGAGAAUCCACCUUCAACUUCAUCAAGCGAUCAAGAUUUCGCUCGUUUAGAAAAUUGUCCCGGAAUUACGAGAAUUUAAACGAAACCUAUGCCUAAUAAUAUGAUAUUUUUUAUUAAAGCUAAGAAGCUUUGUAUCCGAAAAAAAACUAAUCCUUAAUUUUAUAAUAGCUAAAAAGCUUCGUAUUCGAAAAAAAAAAACUCUAAUUCUUAAAGCGGAAAAAAGAAAGUUUCCCGUUUAUAAGAUAUUUUCUGCUGUUUUUGGUAGCAACUAACAACGAAGUAUAUAUAUAUAUAGAUACAUAUUCAUGCUAUCUACUUUUUUAUAUCACAGAUAUUGCGUUACAUAUUGCAGUGGAAGCUUUGCGUGACUAAAACAUGACCGCGAAUCCGCAGAACGAUGUGCAGAACCACAGGCAGACAAACCUCUUGUUCUGUGGUGUUGUAGUAUUUGAAUUCAUGUAUGUUAUUAACGGCAUGUAAAAUUAGUACUUUUGAGAAUAGCUAUCAAGUUAAGCCAUUUUUAUUCUCAAAAGUACUAAUUUUACAUGCUAUGAAAUACUGCCGUUAACAUUGAUGGGUUGCAAGCAUUCCCAAGAGAGUCAAAAGACAAAGACAUGGCGGCCAUUGUGGUGCCGUUAACAAUGGAUGCUAAUGAGAAAUAUUUUGUUAAAUGGCACCAACAUGGCCGCGAUGACGUAAUGUGCAAUCGAAGAAUACAUGAAUUCAAAUACUACGACACCACAGAACGAUAGAUUGGGCUGCCUGUGGCAGAACGUAACGAACUGAGUAUAGACAAAAUAACGACAACAGUAAAAUAUGUAAGUUCUCUAUUAUAUAUUGAAGAAAAUUAUAAAAGAAAGCCUGUAGUAUAAAGCUUUUAUAUUUAAUCAAAAUUUCAAGAAUUAUUAGGGUCGUUUUCUUGGGGGGAAAAACAUUUGCAUAAAAUGUAAAUUUUAUUAUAAUUAAUUUUUUAUGACGUGUACUUUAAAGAUACGAAUGUAUAGUUAUUAAUUAAGCCAGUUCCUUUUGUUAUUAUAUAUGUUAAAUCUAGAGGAUAUUGGAAGAAUAUUUUGGCUGAAAAUCAUUUUUGCCAAAAUGACAAAUCUGAUAACCCUUGGGUGUAGGAAAAGGCUACUUCAUAAUCCUUGUUGUGAGGGAAAAACUAGCCAGUAAUCGUAGUGCUUGUCAGUACUGUACUGAGGUGAAACUAACUCCUGGAUCCAUAUAUAUUUAUGGAUAAAACACUUCAGAUAGAACAGUGUUAGAGAUAAAAGAAAUAUUAAGCUGAA